AAAGUUUAGACUCAAACAAAACUUUGCGAUUAGUGAGUGGCAGUGAUUUGCGUUCGCUUAUCAUGUAUCUUAUUUAGACACAGUCAAUAACAGUCUAAAGUUGGAAUCAAACAACUGCUGGGAUUAUUUUGUUUGGCAUUUUAUAUGUAUUUUUUCUACAAGUGUAUGUAGGUAUGAGUUAGAAGCGGUUAUGCGCUUUGUGGCGUUUUAAUUAUGCGCUCGAAAAACAACAGGAAAGCGUAUUCUGUCGCUGAACACUUUGACUAGCGAAUAGUUUGAUCAAACUAAGAAAAAAACGAAAAGAAACCAGCCUUUUCCGUUUUUUUUAAAGAUGACAUGGAAUAACUUUUAGCCGACCGAUCGCUCCUUAGCUUUUUCCUUUUCCCUACUCCGUUAAAGUUUGGAUUGGUUUGAAGCUUUUCCUCCACAACUUUACCCCAUUCUCGCCCGAAUGAUGGACCAGGGUCAGCACAACCCGCCCGCCGGCCACCAGAUCGUCCACGUCCGGGGGGACUCGGAGACCGACCUGGAGGCGCUCUUCAACGCCGUGAUGAACCCGAAAAACACGAUCCUUCCCCCCUCUGUACCCAUGAGGAUGAGGAAACUACCAGACUCCUUCUUCAAACCGCCUGAACCCAAGUCCCACUCUAGACAAGCCAGCACUGACGGAGGCACCGCGGGGGCCCUGACUCCACACCACGUCCGGGCCCACUCGUCCCCGGCCUCCCUGCAGCUUGGGGCCGUAACUCCGGGGGCCCUGUCGGUCCUGGGCCCCCCAGGAACCUCUCCACAGCACCACCGCCAGUCCUCGUACGAGAUCCCCGAUGACGUGCCCCUGCCCCCUGGAUGGGAGAUGGCCAAGACCGCCUCGGGACAGAGAUACUUCCUCAAUCACCUGGACCAGUCGACCACGUGGCAGGACCCCCGGAAGGCCCUGCUGCAGAUGAACCAGGCCCCGCCCCCCAGCACCGUGCCCGUCCCCCAACAGAACCUCAUGAACCCAGCCACUGGUACGCUUCCCGACGGCUGGGAACAGGCCAUUACAUCAGAGGGGGAAAUUUACUACAUUAAUCACAAGAACAAGACCACUUCCUGGCUGGACCCCCGCCUCGACUCACGCUUUGCUCUGAACCAGCAGCGGAUUACCCAGAGUGCACCAGUGAAGCAGGGCGGUCCGCUGCCCAGCGGCAUCAUGGGAGGGAACAGCCAGCUGAGGCUACAGCAGCUGGAGAAGGAGAGACUGAGGCUGAAGCAGCAGGAGCUUCUCAGACAGAGACCGCAGGAGCUGGCGCUACGUAACCAGCUGCCCACCAGCAUGGAGCAGGACCCCGCCGGCAUCCCCAACUCCGUGUCCUCGCCCAUGGCCCAGGACGCCCGCACCAUGACCGCCAACAGCUCUGACCCCUUCCUCAACAGCGGGACCUACCACUCCAGGGACGAGAGCACGGACAGCGGCCUGAGCAUGAGCAGUUACAGCGUCCCCCGCACGCCAGACGACUUCCUCAACAGCGUGGAUGAGAUGGACACAGGUGACUCUCUCCCGGCUUCCAUGGCAACGCAGCCCAGCAGCCGCUUCCCGGACUACCUGGACGCCAUCCCGGGCACGGACGUGGACCUGGGCACGCUGGAGAGCGAGAGCAUGGCGGUGGAGGGGGAGGAGCUGAUGCCCAGCCUGCAGGAGGCGCUGAGCUCGGACAUCCUCAACGACAUGGAGUCUGUGCUCGCCGCCACCAAGAUCGACAAGGAGAGCUUCCUCACCUGGUUAUAGGAGCUGAUGAGGAGGUGGCAGGACGCGCCGUGCCCCGAUCAAUACCAAAGGGGGUCUCCUCCUUGCUUACUCACUUCCCCCCCCCCCCCCCCCCCCCCCCCCCCCCCCCACUCGCCUGAAAAUAAACUUCACGCUUUCAGAACUGCCGCUUGCUGCGCAGCACGGAGGACGCAUGGAAGACAUUUCUCUCCGAGCUUUAGGACUUGUGAUAACUCCAGACCAACCUCCUACGAGGCAGCGACGCUCCUGUUUUUCUUUGUUUUCAUGUGCCUCAAGUCCUAUUUUUCUUCUUCCCCUCCUCCAAUUAGUUAUCUCCUUUUUUUCGUUUUUUUGUCUGCGUUUUCAAGGCUGGCCCGUGAACAGACACAUAUACUCCAGGGUCCCCGCUCGUUCCGCUCUCGAUCGCUCUCUUCUACACCGCAUGUAGCCCAGCCAAGGGGCUCAAACCUAGGGCACGGAUGCUAGCUUCUCCUGGGUGCCCCUGGUUCCUCGGGCUGCAUUUAGCUCUGAAUUGCGACACAAAAUCGGCCACCGCUCUAGCUUUGUGCGCUAAUGGACUACAGUUGGCCUUUUUUUUUCUUUGUCGUUUUAUUGUGUUUUGCUUUUACUCUUUAACCGUUUGGUGAGCCUGAGAAACCAAAAAUGGUGGAGUGCGAGGGACUGUUGGUGAUUGGGGAGGGCGGGUGGUGCGAGUUGACCUGUUUGCCAGGUAAGAGUGGGGGCCCCACGACACCACUGCUUGGCUGUGCCAGCAAGUCGACGACAAACCUUCUUGUGUUUUUGUCAAAUCAAGUGCCUUCAGUUGUUAUUUCUUUGUGUUUUUUUGUUUUGGCGAGAAAGGCGAGCAGAGCAAACAAUUGCCAAGUUUCUGUAUUGCAGCAAUAAGAAAUAUCUGAGAAGCUGUAUCGUAAACACAUUCUAUAUAAACUCAUGUUCGGUAAUCAAAUGUAUUUCCUUUUACUUUUUGUUAAAACUAAAUAAUACACAUAAUACUGGGAUUUCGGGAGUUAUUUUUUUCUAUUAAACCCUAGAUUUUAUGGCUUUUUUGUAUCAGUCUUAUCCAAGUCUAAUUCAUGAUUUUUUUUCUCGGUUUUAUUUUCGUUUUUCUCCAUAAUUGUUUAUUUUAGCCUUUACAGUUGUAUUUUAAUCCUAGAUCAUAUGACCGCAUGCUUUUUUUUUCUUAGAUGAAUUAAUGCUUUUCAAACAGGGUCAAUAUGUGUCGCUUCAGCCGACGAACAGAUAACAUGGAGAUUGAGUCUUCAGCUGAUAAAUCAGUUCAGUUUUAACCCAUUAGCCUUGCUUACUAUUCACACAACCUCUCUGAUUUUAUAAGUGUGUGUGUGUGUACUGAUGUUAUCGUAUAAUGUCUAAUGAACACAUCUUUUUUUUUCCAUUGAUAAUGUUGGGAUUAACCAAAAAAAAAAGUUUAAAAUAUCUGUCUAAAAUUAAGUCAUUGCUCAAGGUGAGAUGCUACAAUGAGUGUAUCAGACCAAGUAACACCGCCAUGUUAGAAACUGGUACUCUGUCAGUGGCCAUGGUAAGUUGGAGGGUGGGGUUUGGACGUGUAUAAUAUGGUCUCGUCACAGAGAAAAACGAUGAAGAGGGUGGGCAAGGGGGGAGGGGGUUGACAAUUGUGAGCUACACAGGUUGUAUAAACUCUCACAGAACAACGAAACAAAUCAAGAAAAAAACAACUAUCGGUUAUAAUUUCAGUCAGGAAUUGAGACGGUUUCCAAAGAUGUGUUUGUAAUUUUAUUUUGUCUUUUCUGCUUCCUACUCGGUGAAUCCAGAAACAGUAUGAUUUGUAAUCAAACUCCAUAUGGAAAAAAAGAACAAAAAGAAAGAUGUAUAAGCUAAUGUGAAACGAUGUAGUGUUGGCGCGGACGGGUAUGUGGAGUAGGGGGACAGAGACCAGAUGAUUAGAAGAGAGGUGAUUUGUAUUUGCGUGACAAACACUUGCAUAGAAGGUCCCAGAGCAAUAAAACAAGAAGCCCAGUUUCCUUCGUUCCUCCCCACUACCCCCCCUCCCCCCCCUAUAAUCUCUCGGGGGCAGAGAGCCGCUGGUAGACAGAUCGGAUGGCACAGAAACCGAACAACAGAACUCAUCUUCCUCACCGUCAGAUUAUGUUGAUUCUGAAAUGUUUACAUGAUGACUACACGCCUUUUUCGUAUUACUGCAGUAAUCAAACAAAACAACAUGAUUUGAACCUUCGUUCCUUGUGCCUUUAAGAGGCACUACAAGAACGCAACUUCAAUAAUAAUGCCAGGGUUGAGGUUGGAAGUGGUAGUUUGAAUCUGACGGAACUGUUAAGAACUACGAAGAGAACAAAUGAAUGAUCGCUAUACUGUUAGCUUAGAUUGAUGUUGUGGCUCGGUGUAUUGACAAUGGCUAGUGGAGGGUUAAAACAGUGUUUGAGAGAAAAUGCAACUAAAAUGACUUUUUAAAAGGCUGGUACACUACAGUGCUUGUACUGCACGGCUACAGUAAUUUGACUAAACAAUGAAUUUUGUCACAAAAACAUGAUUUCUUUUUUGCUUAGUUAGUGUAGGGGUUGGGCAUAGUAGUAGUGUCAGACUCAUUGUAGCUGUAGAACUAAUCACACAAGAGAAUGAUUUUUGUAUUUAGAGUUGUCUGAAUGCCCAUCAAAGGCAAUUUGUGUUAUCCAAUAACAAUCUCUUCAUUUUUGAUAGAUAAAUGUGCCUGUGUCCUAGAAACAUGCAUUCUGUUACACUAUAUUACAUUAUGAAACUUUGAAAUUGGCCUUGAAAUAAAAUAUAUAUACUUUGUGGUAAAA